AAAAAUAAUAAUCCGAAUGAAUCCUAUUUAUAUCAACUUGGUAAUAUGAUGUUUGAUUGUGUACAAUAUGAUUGUUUACGUCGUUUAAGAUAUUAUUGGUUACCAAGAUGGUUAUUACAUUGGGAAAGAAUAAUCAAUAAUUGUCAAUUUUUAUCAAAUCAAUAUGGUGGUUCUAAUUUAUUUUAUAUACCAUCAUAUUGUUCAUUAAUUAGAUCAAAUCAUACAUUAUCAUUUAAUGCAUGUACAGAAAAUGUAUCAAUAAAUAGUUCUGAUAUUGAACAAGAUAAUGAUCUUGAUCUUAUAGAUCAUUACAAUCAUCAUAAUGAUCAUGAUUCUAAUGGUCAAUAUGAAGAAUAUCAAUCUAAUGAAGUAUUUAAAGAUAAUGAUACUACUGUAAACGGUCAUAGUUCAUUACAAACGACUGAAAAACCAACAAAGCCAUCUAAUGAUGAAAAAUCAUGGAAUAAAGAAAUCUAUGAUAUAGUUGUUAAAAAUGCUUUAACAAAAAAUGGUCUUAUUCAAUCAGAUCACAAUAGAGACAUAUUAAGAAAUACAUCAAAACAACGUUUAUUAUCAUAUGCUCCAUCAUCUACACUGAAUUCAUCUCAUAGAAAUAUAAAAUUAUCUCGAAUGUCAAGUAGUACUACUACUACUACCACUACCAGUACUGUUACAACUAAAUAUACAUCAACUAUACCAUUCUUUAAACGAUUAAAUAUAUCAUGGACAAUACCCUAUGAUCCAAAUGAUGUGAUUGGUUUAAAAUUAUAUCCUGGUUUAAAAUGGGAACAUUUAAAAAAAUCAAUAAUUGUCAAUUAUUAUCCUCCUCCUCUAUACAAAUGGAUAUCAUCAAUAAUUCAAUCAAUCAUAAUCAUUCAAUUAUAAUUGAUUCAUUGAUAUCUACAUUAGGAAUAAAUAAUAAUGAUCAUCCUAAUGAGAAUAAUAAAAUGACAUCAUCAUUUAAACAAGAUUUGAUGAAUAAGAAAAAGAUGGAAUGUUCUUCAAAUAGGGAAAAAUUAACUUCAUUCAUUUAUUUAAAAGAAAAGAAAAGUUCAAUGGAAGAAAUGUUAAAGAAAAAAUGUUUAAUAGCAAUACAUGGUGAUGCAGCAUCUGGUGGUCCAUUUCAAUUUUAUUUAGAAAGAAAUGGUUUUGAAAGACAAAAUCGUAUACUUGGAUUUUUACAAGCUAUUUAUGAUUAUUCUAGACAAAAUUUAAGUUUAAUGGCUAAUCGUUUUACUAAACUAACAAAAACUUGGUAUAUUGUGAAUAAUUAUCUAAGAUCAAAUAGUCGUUGGAGUAUAGAUAUUGAUUCGUCAUUAGUGAAAUCAAUCAUUGAAGUUAUUCAAGCCAAAAAAGAGACAACUCCUGUACAAAUAUUCGACACAGUGAAAAAUAUUUGUUUAAAUGAAAUCUAUCCAUUUUGGAUUGAAUAUAUGAAAUCUGAUGCUUUUCAAUUUGUUUAUGCUUCACAUAAAAGCAAAAAUGAAGAUUAUAUGAUGCCUAAAUCAUCGAAUGAUUUUGAUGUACUCUUGGAUGAAAAUUCUAACUUAAUAGUACAAUGUAAACCAAUAGAAAUUCCACCAACAAAUAUAUCAUCUGAUCAGCUUAAACGUUCACAUAGUUGGGAUCAUUUAACACCUUCUGAAAAAGAAGAGCGUAUUCGAAUGAAAUUAGAACAAGUUAGAAUAACUGAGAAAGAACGAAGAAAAGCUGUUCUAGCUGCACGAAAACGUCAACGUGAAGCAUUAAGACCUAAAAAACAAGACAGCUCAUUAUCAGGAUUGGUCAAGUUAACCGAGUCUGAUGAAGAAACUCGAUUAAUAAAACAAACAGAAAAUCAGUUAGAAUCACAAUCAAGAAGAAUAUCAAAUCAAGUAUUCAACUUGAAAUCUAUGCUUGAUAAUAAAUUAUUAAUUUCAAUGUUUCAAGAAUGGCUUAAAACAUUGGACCAAUCAGAAUUCAAUUAUAAUUCAUCAAAUAAUUUAGCAUUUAUUUUAGAAGUAAAUCAAUAUUUAACAAUAACCAAAAAUCAAUUAAAUAUGGAAAAACUUAAACAGCGAAUCGAUAAAGCAAAUUAUAUUUAUGAUAAUUAUCUACGUAUAUCAUGUGAAAAGCCAAUAGAAUUGCCAGAAAAAUUUAUCAAACGAUUAGAUCAAGAAAAAGAUCGUCCAACAUCAGCUACAUUAAAAGGCCUCCGAGAUCAUCAUUUAAACAAUCUCUAUUCCUUGUUUAAUGAAUUUUUAAAUGUAACAGCUAAAAAGCUUGGUUUAUCAGUGUCUCAACUUUGCCAAAUGCCUGAAAUUGAAUUAGCCCCAUUAGUUGUAACUCCAAAAACACUUAGUCAGGCUACAGAAACAAAACAGAAAUUUUCUAUUAGAAUGAGACCAAUGUUAGAAGAUAAAGAAGAAUUAUCAAAAUUAUUAAAACGUGCAGCUUUUCAACCGCCUGAUUUUAAAUUAAUAUUAUUCUAUCAGUAUUUAGUUGAUUAUGGAUUCAAAGAAAAUUGUCCAUUAAUUGAUCAAGAUUUGAUAUUUCAUAUUGAGAUUUUACGUUUUGAAGAACUUCAUCGUGGUCAUGUUGAACAUAAUUUAAUAAGGAAAAAGGUUUUAUGUAUUUUGCAAACAUUUUUAGAAUCUGUUUUUCCACCACAAAUUCAAAUUGGACUACCAAACGAAGUUAUUAAUCGAUUAGUUGGAAGAAUACAUCGUCAAACUGAUCAUAAAGGUCCUAUAAGUUUAAACUUAUUUGACGAAGCAGUUAGGUUAACCUUCAAUGAAAUUUUACCAUUUUGGGCUGGAUUCAAAAGAAAUAUUUUAUGUAAAUCAGGCAGCACACAAUCACGAAUCCAGUCGACAAUGAAAUCGGAUUAUCAGCAAAUACAUGGAACACCUUGGUUGUCUAGUCCAUUGACUUACAAGUAUCACGAGGUAUUAGAAAACCGUUUAAAAGCACAUCAAGAUUGGAAGUUACCGUCAACAGAAAUACAACUUCCCAAUAUGCCACAUGAUAAAGAGGCAAAUUCCUUCACUUAUUCAAUACGAAAAGGUGUAGAUUGGCAAAAUGUUGGACACUGAUUACCUAAUAUAUCCCAUUGUUUUACUUGAGUCAUGGUAGCAAAUUAGAUUACCAGAAUUACGUUUAAAAUUCUUUCAUAUAACUGACAUUUUUUAUAGACAAAGUUGUAUUACAGUUAAUUAAAAUAAAGAGACGAUUCGGCUAAGAAAA